AUGGUAUACUCUGGCAUCCAUGUUAAUGCUGCAAAGAUCUUUACCCUUGCUCUAGCAUUGGAUGCAAUCAAUAAAUCAGCGUCUUUACAACUGAUGAGCACUUCAGGAAUGAGCGAGUCUUUGGCUUCAAUCUUUAGAAUUGAACAACUAUUAACGGUCUAUAGCCAGAGUUCUGCGAAGGAGGAAGAAAGGAAGGAAACGUCGCAAAGAAAAUGGAUAGGAAAAGAAAUUUUCGAAUACUUUAUGACUUAUUUCGAAAAAAAGCCCAGCAAAUCUUCAAGGAAUUCAGACUACACUUUCUCGGAAAAGAGUGCGGAAUCCUCCAAAAGAUCGGAUGAUCACGGCAAUUAUGACAAUGAGCCCACGRUCAUGCUCUCUCAAGUAUGCAGUGAUUGGAAWGUUGACUCAAAACRAUGCGCGYUGAAYGAUAKUUCUUURAAUGUAAGUCCCACUCACUUGGUUAUGGCAAUAGGUCCUGUAGGGAGCGGCAAAUCCACUUUACUCAUGACAAUUUUGAAACAGAUUUCAAUCAAAUCAGGGAACGUUUCCACUAAAGGACAAAUAGCUUAUGCAAGUCAAACACCUUGGAUAUUCACAGGAACAGUUCGUGAUAACAUCUUAUUUGGUAAAGCGUACCAAGAGACGAGAUAUCAGAGAGUCUUAGAAGUAUGUGAUCUUUCUCAAGACAUCUGUCGGUUCCCAAAAGAAGAUCUGAGUAUGAUAGGCCAAAGAGGUGUCAGCCUGAGCGGUGGUCAGCGUGCUAGAGUUGGCUUAGCACGCGCAGUGUACUCAGAUGCUGAUAUCUUCUUGCUGGAUGACCCACUAAGUGCAGUAGACGCCAAGGUUGGAAAACACAUCUUUGACAAAUGCAUCUGUGAAGAACUAUUUGGUAAAAUAAGAAUCCUUGUUACACAUCAACUUCAACACCUUCAUCAAGCUGACGAAAUCGUUGUCUUGAAGGAAGGUCGCAUCGUAGACCAUGGCUCGUAUGAACACAUCAGCAAAGACAAAUCUAUCAGUAAAAUGCUUGAAAAUUACGCAACUGCUGAUCUGAAAGGUGUUACCACCGACAGAAGUAAUCUGUUGCCAUUUCACGAUGACCUCGAUGAGCUUACUGGACGUGAAAUGAUCGAAGAAGACGAAGACAAGGGAGCUGGACCAGAAACUGUAUCAUGGCGAUUAUUCUGGGAUUACUUACGUAUGGGGCUACCAGCUCCAUUGCUCGUCUGUCUGUUCGUCUUUUUUGUCAGUGUACAAGGUGCUAUAGUCGUUUCAUACUGGUGGCAGAAAG